CGUCGUGUAUGAACCAACUGUGCAGCAAAUGUGAGAGAAAGAUGAUAGAUGGAGGAAGAUGUGAGAAAGACAGGAGCUCAGCAGAAAGUCACGAAUGAAUCUGCCUGAUUAGGAGAAUCUGUUUUCACUUUGUUAGACAGAGCGAGCAGGGUGGAGAUGAAUGUCUGCUCCACACUCCGAAGGAGAGGGGGCGGUAAUGCAUCUAUGACGCUGGGAAUCCCAACCCCCUUUAAAAGACAAGAAGAGGAUAAGCAGUCGAUCGUAGCACGUGUCAGUGACUAGAUCCCUUCCUCUGUUGUUUGUGUCUUCUCCUUGAAUCCCACCUCCUGCUGUCAUGGACGCUCUCCUCUCCAGACUCUUCUCCUCGGAGGAGCAGGAGCUGCUCACCCUGGACCGGAUGGCGCACAUCCUGUUUUUCAUGGCCGCGUGCACUUUCCUCACGCUGCUCUUCGAGAACGUGCCCUACGGUCGCUACGCCAGCAGCCGGUACGGGUUCCCAGUGGACGCCAGGUUCGCCUGGUUCGUGCAGGAGCUGCCUGCGUUCCUCGUGCCUCUGUGUCUGGUGCUGUGGACAUCCUCGGCCAAAACGUCCCUGCUGCCCAACCAGCUGCUCAUCGCAAUGUAUUUCUGCCACUAUGUCCAGAGGUCCCUCAUUUAUCCAUUUUUAAUCCGAGGAGGUAAAGCGACACCAGUCAUCUCAUUUGCCCUGGCUUUUGUUUUUUGCGUCUUUAAUGGCUACAUGCAGAUCAGGUACCUGAGCCAUUACGCUGAGUACCCUGCACACUGGGUGACACAUCCAUGCUUCAUCACUGGGGCUGUGCUGUGGUUGGUCGGCUAUCUUGUGAACGUGCACUCUGACCACAUCCUGAGGAACCUGAGAAAGCCCGGAGAGACUGGUUACAAGAUUCCCACAGGCGGGAUGUUUGAAUAUGUAUCAGGAGCCAACUUCUUAGGAGAGAUAACGGAGUGGGCAGGCUUUGCUCUGGCUGGUCACUCGGUUCAAAGUGCAGCCUUCGCCAUCUUUACCGCAGUGGUCCUCUCCAGCAGGGCUGUGGCCCACCACAAAUGGUACCUUGCUAAGUUUGAGGACUACCCAAAAAGCAGGAAGGCUUUGAUUCCAUUCCUGUUCUAAGAGGCACUUUAUGCACUGGAAGCUGGAAGAGGAAAGCUCUGAUGUCGGAACAAACCUUGAAGAUCCUUUUUAUUUUAUUUUUUUUAAUUGAGAAAAUAUUGAAACAGGUUGCAUGCCUGUAAAUUAUCUCAUCUGAGCUUCAAGCAAGUUACAGUUAAAGACCAUUAUCUCAUUAUGAUUUUUAUUGUUGCCAUUAGUUUGGCAAUAAUGUCCGUAAAGCAAAAGAAGCUUUCAGCAACCGUGAACUGAAUGUCCUGGAAGUGUAGUGCCUGCAGGAGAGCGCUCCUUCAGAGGAUAUAAGAUGGUGAUUGGAGCGUAUCUCAACAGCAAUACAGGGGAUUUAUAACACACUGCACCAGCAGUAAAGAAUUUUAAAACUUCUCCGCUGAUCUGCAUAUUCUCCCAGAUGGAACAUAAACUAGGAAAUGCGAAGCAGGCAUUUCAAGUUUGCAUUAAUCCUCAAGAAUCAUCUGCUGCUGAGCUAUCUUCUUCACAUCCGUUUACAUUAAAUAGAUACAAACAGGACCUUGAGUUAACUCGGACGUGUUCUCCCACCUCGUCCAGAGAGACUUUUCCUCUUCACCGCAUCGUCUGAAACUCCAGAUCGAGAAGCCACUCAGGAGCAAAAGGACAAGACCAACCUGUCCCCAUCUACUGGGCUGCAAGGAAAUCAAACAGCUCAAGCACUGCCCUCAAUAACUCACCCAUGCCUGAAAUGAGAAGAAGAGAUUGUCUUUUCAGAAAGAAAGAAGAGUGGACAAUGGAAUGAAUGGGAAAAGAACUUGGGGAGAAUUUGAAAACAGGAGAACGUUGCAUGGAUAAAUUACAUUGGUUGUCUGUGACUGAUUGGAAAAGAUGGAGACUGGGGGAACAGAUAAGAAUGUGCUCCACUGAUAUAGAUCAUAACAUCUCUUAUGCUCUAAUGCUGUUUCAUAAUCCUGUUUAUCAUGAGCCAAAUAAUCUCAGUCAUUGUGAAGUAGCACUUUUAUUUUUAUUCAUGUCUUGUUCUGUAGGAUUUGAUAAAAUGAUGUACCUUACUCGAAUGUUUCUCAAAAUAGGUUAAGUUUGAAAAAAAAAGUGGGAUUUUCACUUUACAUUGGUCAAAUCUGUCACAGCCUAUGUGUGUGUAUAUAGAGUGGUUAAUGCGGAAGCUUUCCAUUGUUGCCUCUUUCAAAAAGUACCGGCUGCAUAUUCGUAUCACUAAACAGCCCUCUCUCUCCCAGUGGAGAAGAUAUUUCCAACACCAGUCACGGCCAAGGUCAUAUCGGAAGGAAUUUAAAAAAAUGUAUUGAAAAUAAGUGUUGGUCAUCAUUUUAAGACAUGGUGUCAUCAAUAAAUGAAAUGACCGCUGUGUCUGAGUUGGAUGAGAAACGGAGGCUGUGUGUCGCUGAAGGCUACGCGGAGUGACAUCCUUCAUGUGCAAGAUCCUCUCUCUUGUUUUCUCUUUCUCGCUCUUCCAGGCCAUUUCCUGUGUGUAUUUUCUGUAUCCACGCUUCCUGUAAUUAACUCACUAUAUACAGUGUUUACUGAGGCUACCAUAUGACUUUAAUGCCUUGUUAGGCAGACCGCGACAGAUUUCCUUUUUAUAUGCAAAGUGACUCCAUGUAAUGACUCACGACUCUUUAUUUGCAUGUUUAGUAAUGCAGGAAGCAGAUACUCCACAAGGGGGGCUGGGGGGGCUGUUCUGUAAUAGUCAAUAUACACAUGUCCGCCUGUGGUAUAUGUACUGUAGGAAAGAAAGGAACAGGGUUAGUCUGCAGUAUCGCCUCCUAUAGGCAUAUCUUUUUCAACUUUAACACAUUUGACACCCUCAGAUGAAAAGUGUCACAGAUGCAGGUUUAUUGUUUGUUUUUAAUGCCUAAUGUUCCAUGAUUGCUUGAGUUGCCUUAUAAAUUCUAGCUCGUGGCUACAGAACACAAAAUCCUUGGUUUUGCAAGACCAGGGUUGGUUAUCAUGGUGAAGUCUUUAAUUCCAGUCCUAGCUACCAUGAAAGUUAUUUAAUACAUGUUUUAUCUGAUUUAAAUUGUAAAUGUUUGUAUGUUUACAAUAAAUGCAAAUCCUCAAACACAAA